GGCAGCAACUGCCGAGUGUAAAAAACCGUUUUUGUCUCGUUCCCUAAUUUGGACACGACUAGGGUUUUUUCAAAAAAGACCCCUUUUCUCGAUUUUUUUUAGGGUUGGGCCAAAAGAUUUUGGAUUUUUAUCGGGGUUUGAGGGUUAGGGUUUGGGUUUAGUUUCGGUGGAGAUGGCGAAGGUUGAGAAAUGGGGAGGAGAGGAGGCAGCGACGAAGAAGAAGAAGAAGAAGAAGGAGAAAGAGAGGAGCAGGAGUGAUGAGAGUGAGAUUAAUGGAGGGGAUGAGAGUGGCGUUGGGUGCUGGAUCAAGCUCAGAUUGAUGGGGAGCUGCAUAUCGUCGAGAUCUAAAGUGGAUACUUCGAUCAGUGGUGUCAGCACUCACUGUGAAAGUAAAUCCACAAAUGAUGGUAGCAGGGACCAACCAGCUGCUCCAGUGUUAGUUGUUUCUGGUUCUACAACCACUAGUAAUGCAGAAAGUAGUUCAUCUACUAGCAAAGCAGGAGAGGAUCUGAAAGUUGCAUCUCAACUCAGAAAGUUCAAUUUCAAUGAUCUUAAAUCUGCCACAAGAAACUUUAGACCAGAGAGUCUUCUUGGCGAGGGAGGCUUUGGUUGUGUCUUUAAAGGCUGGAUUGAGGAAAAUGGAACUGCUCCUAUGAAACCUGGUACAGGGCUUACUGUAGCUGUGAAGACAUUAAAUCACGAUGGACUUCAAGGGCACAAAGAAUGGCUGGCAGAAGUGAAUUUUCUCGGAGACCUUCUUCAUCCCAACUUGGUUAAGUUGAUUGGAUAUUGCAUUGAAGAUGAUCAAAGGCUUCUUGUUUACGAGUUUAUGCCUCGUGGUAGUUUGGAAAACCAUCUUUUCAGAAGGUCCCUUCCUCUUCCAUGGUCUGUCAGAAUGAAGAUAGCUCUUGGUGCAGCUAAAGGACUUGCUUUUCUUCACGAAGAAGCGGAAAGACCAGUUAUAUAUCGUGAUUUUAAAACAUCUAAUAUUCUGUUAGAUGCUGAUUAUAAUGCCAAGCUCUCUGAUUUUGGUCUUGCUAAAGACGGCCCUGAGGGAGAUAAGACUCAUGUUUCAACACGGGUUAUGGGGACAUAUGGAUAUGCAGCUCCUGAGUAUGUAAUGACAGGACAUCUCACCUCAAAGAGCGACGUCUACAGCUUUGGUGUUGUCCUCCUCGAGAUGAUGACAGGCCGAAGAUCCAUGGACAAGAACAGACCCAACGGUGAGCACAACCUCGUGGAGUGGGCCCGCCCUUACCUAGGUGAAAGACGAAGAUUCUACCGCCUCAUAGACCCUCGUCUGGAGGGCAACUUCUCCAUCAAAGGUGCCCAAAAGACAGCUCAACUAGCCCACCACUGCCUCAGCCGAGAUCCCAAGGUCAGGCCUUUAAUGAGCGAAGUGGUCGAAGCCCUAAAACCGUUACUCAACCUCAAGGACAUGGCGAGCUCGUCUUACUUCUUUCAGAGCAUGCAGGCUGAACGCGCCACUGCUCGUUCAGUCAGCGAGAAUGGCAGGACUGGGUUCAAGAAUCAGGGUUCUGUCGCGAAAAAUGGGCAACCACCGAUGAGGAGUUUGUCGAAUGGUGCGUAUGCUUCGCCGUAUCAUCAGCAGUCAAUGAAGCCUAAUGGAAAAAAGCCAUGAGCAGCGGUACUAGUUCUCGUUCAGUGAAUGUAGGGUUCUUGAGGGGGUUUCAAGAGUUUGAUGUGGAUAAAACUUGAGGGGGAGAGGGGAUUGAAUGCUGCUGCUAGUUGGUUAUAUAUCAUCUCAUUCGAAAUAUAACUGGAUAUUUAUAACUGAUGUGCCUUCAAACUUUUUCUUCUUC